AUGAUUAAGGAUUAAAAUAAGGUUUAUGGAAAGAAUUAAUAAGAAUAAUUGGAAGUCUAUUAAAUUAAUUUAUUAAAUAGUGAAGUCUAGGUGUAGGAUGUUGGAAAAUAUAACAAUAAUUUGAGGAAAGGAACAUGGAAAUACAUUUUUCAGAAUUAGGAGAUGUAUUGAAAAAUUUUAAGUAUUUAAAGGAGGGGGAAAAUACAAUUAGCAAGGAUAAAGAAAUGACAAAUGGAUAGAGUUUGAAAGAUAAAUUUUCUUAUUAUUCAUAAAUUCCACAUAAUGGUUUAUAUUAAGAUGGUAAGAAAGGUAAUUAAUGGGAUAUUUACUAUAUAUAGAAAAGAUGAGGAUCAACCAUUUAAACUGAUGUACUCAUAUUAUGUAUAAAUUAUUUAGAGGGGGCAGAUUAUAUGAUGAAGCAGGUUCCAUGAAGAUUGGAAAAUGGAACGAAAUAAGUUUAGGAUAUGAUAAUAUGUCUUAAGUGAUGUAUUAAGGUGAAUAUUCUAAUGGUAAGAUGGUUGCAAUGGGAUAUUUUAUUUCGAAAAAAUUAGCAGAUAGCAUAUAAACAAUUGUAUUUCUUUCAAUUAAAUUGUUUAGAGGAUGUGGAUUAUAUGAUGAACAAGGUUCUAACAAAAUUGGAUAUUGGCCUGAAUUGAGCGACGAAUUUAAUUAUGAGUCUUAAAUAGUUUUUUAUGAUGAAUAUUAAAACGGGAAAAAUGUUAGUAAAUGGAUUACUAGAGAAGAAGGAGAUUAUUUGUAACAUUAUCUUAUUAAUAAAAAUAUUAUAAUGGUGGAGGGUCAUAUAAUUAAGGUGGUUUAAUUAAGGUUGGAAAGUGGAUUGAAAGAUGGAUUUGAUCGAUGGUUUCAAGCUAUUUACUAUGGCGAGUAUAAAGUUGGUAACAAAGCAGAUAUUUGGGAUAUCUUUUUGUGGAAGCCCCUAAAGCAAUCAUUUGAAUUGAUUUAAUUAUUAUCAAAAAAUAUUAUAUCGGUAGCUGAUCAUAUGAUAAAGAGUGUUUAAUUAAAAUUGGAAGCUGGAAAGAGCUAAGUGAAAGAUUCAGGGAUAAUUCUUAAGUCACGUAUAAUGGUUAUUAUAACAGUGGUAAAAAAUUUGGAAGAUGGGACAUCAUGUAUGAGGAAAUCUAUUAGUAAAUAGUACUAAUUAGCCUAAUUUUUAGUGGUGGAGGAUAAUAUGAUGAAGAUUCAUUAAAGAUUGGAAUAUGGAUUGAAUUAAGUGAAGGCUUUUCAAAUUAUUCAUAAAUCUCUUAUAAUGGUAAGUAUUAAAAAGGGAAAAGGUUGGUAAAAUGGGAUAUAUCUAAUGAUGAAGUAGGCACAACAAAUAUUGGUAGGUGGAUUGAGGAGUGCGAUAGUUUUAAUGAAUAUACUUAAGUUACUUAUAAUGGUGAAUAUAAAAAUUGCAGAAAGGUUAGCAGAUGGGAUAUUUUGUACAGAAAGCAAUUUGUUAGAAAAAAAAUACCAGUGGUAGUGGAUUAUAUAAUCAGGAAGAUUCACUUAAGACAAGUCUGUGGAUUGAA